AUGCCUGUAAAUCCCAGCGAGUCAACAUCACAGAUGAUCAAUCCUAUCGUCAUCGACAAAGUUGUUCAUAUUGGGGCAUUAACCUGGCACUUGGACUUGCUCCGACGUUUCAAGGCCUUGGAAACCGCAGAUGAGGCGACGGAUUUGCACUACUUGUAUGCAGCCGAGCAGCGCUAUGGCAUCUGGCUGCAUCUGUUAAAGGACAAGACAAGUCCCGCUAAGACCCCAUUACCUCCACUUGAUGUUCUGUUGAUGUGGCAUGCCCAUAUGCUCAACCCAUGGAGAUACCAUGAGGACACAUACCACAUCUUUGGAAGAGAAGAUUUGCCAUUUGCAUUACCUUUGGAGGAAGUGGCUCUUCUCUCCAGCGAAGAUUACGUCCCGGAUAGGGCUUCGUUAGAUUUCUGGGACACGAAUACAGGGCUUCCCUUUGAACUUAGGCAUGAUAAGCUCCCAGACCUGCAGUAUUCAUGCGCGUGGUGUUCCUUCCAAAAAGCCGUAUCGGGACCAGAGUACAUCCAGUACCGCACAAAGGGCGCUCCACUCAAAUGCAAACAGUGCGGGGAGGAAAGCACUGUCGACAAUGCUUCCGCGGUCCGGUUUCUCAGGGACGUGCGCGAGUUUCAUUUGUCUACGGAAGUUGAUCCCCUCAAAACUGCAAGCAUCAUUCGGGGCUGCCUUUUGAAUACUACCACCGGUGUCAUCGACACGAAAGCAUGCUUUGAAGAUUUAAAAACGCUCUUCCGACCAACGGCUUCAACUGCCAAGAAGGUCGUCAAGUCGCUUCUUGAGCUGUCGAACGACAAGUCAUGCUCUUGGUCUAUAGUCGCUCCACGACUAGUGGUCCUCAAGAAGACGCUCUCUAACCUGCCUCGUACCGCGCUCCGUCACCGAACAAUCGCCAUGCUCAAUUGUGCAUACCAGAAUAACGUGACAAUGUUUUCCACCGACCUUGUGGCAGCAGUUAAGCGUCAGCGAGACUUUACGGGGAAGAUGGUGGACGGCACGGUGAUAUGGGAUGCUGCUCAAAUGGCACGGGCCACUGUUCGGUACCAUAAGUUCUUGUUAUUAAUGGCGCACGAACAUUCCUUCCUUGUACCAACCUUAGAUAUAGAUCUGGCUUGGCAUACGCACCAACUGCAUCCUUCUCACUAUCAACAAUACGGCCUCAAGCAUCUAAGACGCAUCAUAAAUCAUGAUGAUACGGUUUCAAAUUCCCAUCUCAAGAACUCCUUCGCACACACAGCCAGACUAUGGAAAAAGCAUUUUAAUGAAAUAUAUUCGUGCGACCUUCCACCCCAACGGGGCCUGCUUGAAAAGCUAUUCUCAGCCCAACCACCGACACCGUACAGAGAAAAAUCUACCGGCUUCAAGUUCAUAGACAGAUUCGAUCCCAAGGCCAAAGAUUUGCCUCGCAUAAUCAUUUGCCAUUCAUUUUUGUUGCCGGGUGUGCGACUGGAAGCUUUGGGAACCCCGGGUUUGCAACCGCUGCGUGUGGCACUGGUGACUUCCACAGUGGUCACGGGCACCACGGUGGAUUUGGCAGCGGAGGGUGUGGCAGCGGAGGAUGUGGAAGUGGCGGAUGUGGAGGAGGUGGAAGUCAUGGCGGAUGUGGGGGAGGUGCAAGUCAUGGCGGAUGUGGGGGAGGUGCAAGUCAUGGCGGAUGUGGUGGAGGAGGAUGCGGGGGUGGGGGAUGUGGCGGUGGGGGAUGCGGGGGCGGAGGUAGCUAACAUGCGCUAAACACCAGCGUUACGCUGCUCGACGAUCCUCCUGCAUCAUGCUCGGACAAGGGCUGUCGACAUUCAAGCACUGCGAUUUAUUCCAAGAAAGCAAGAUCAAAAAAAUCACCGGUCCGAUAUUAAGUAUAGUUCAAUGCCUGGAGCAAUUCUGGUACAUGUAAAAGACGAUUUCUUUGUCAAGUUUGAUAGCUUAAUGUGUAGUUAGAUAAAGACCCGUUUUGUGGCUAGUUGCAAACUGAUUCCUUUCAAAGUCUCCUGUGUCUGCUUCCUGGGGCGGGGGCGGGUGAACAUUUCACUGGUGUGAUGUUUUGUAUUCGAGAUCCAUUGUACAAAUGUACUGUAAAGUUAUCAUUAAACAUAAAUCAUAAUAGCGUGCAUCCCAGCGCCUACGCAGGCGUAGGUCUUGCAGUAAAAUGCAAGCAAAAUGCACGACAUGAAAAGAAAACA